CCGCCCCGGAAGCAGCGGGGAAGGCGGCGGGGCCGCCAUGGGCCGGGCAGUGACCGUGGCCACCUGCGCCCUCAACCAGUGGGCUCUGGACUUUGAGGGCAACCUGGAGAGGAUUUUCAGAAGUAUCGACAUCGCCAAGAGAAAAGGAGCCCGGUACCGGCUUGGUCCAGAGCUCGAAAUCUGUGGUUACGGCUGCUCAGAUCACUAUUAUGAGUCAGACACACUGUUGCAUUCGUUUCAAGUUCUGGAAAAGCUCUUGGAGUCUCCAGCUACUCAAGAUAUUAUCUGUGAUGUGGGAAUGCCUGUUCUGCACAGGAAUGUUCGUUACAAUUGUCGAGUGAUCUUUUUAAAUAAGAAGAUUCUUCUGAUCAGACCAAAAAUAUCACUGGCAAAUGGAGGAAACUACAGGGAACUUAGAUGGUUCACCCCAUGGAGUAAAGCAAGGCACGUGGAGGAAUAUUUUCUACCCAGGAUAAUUCAGGAAGUGACGGGACAGGAAACUGUUCCUUUUGGGGAUGCAGUGCUAGCAACCAAAGAUACCUGCCUAGGGGCAGAAAUAUGUGAAGAACUUUGGGCACCAAACAGCCCUCACAUUGAGAUGGGACUUGACGGCGUGGAAAUUUUCACCAACUCUUCCGGGAGUCACCACGUGCUGCGGAAGGCUCAUGCCCGGGUGGACCUGGUGAAUUCUGCCACAGCAAAGAAUGGUGGGAUAUAUAUUUUAGCAAACCAGAAAGGCUGUGAUGGUGAUCGUCUGUAUUACGAUGGCUGUGCCAUGAUUUCCAUGAAUGGAGAAACAGUUGCACAAGGAUCCCAGUUUUCACUCGAUGAUGUGGAGGUGCUGGUUGCCACUCUGGACCUGGAAGAUGUUCGAAGUUACAGAGCAGAGAUUUCAUCUCGUAACUUGGCGGCAAGUAAAGUGAAUCCUUAUCCCAGGGUAAAAGUGAAUUUUGCUCUGUCGUGUCCUGACGAUGUAGCUGUUCCUACUUGUGUGCCAAUCCAGUGGAGACAUCACAGUCCUGAGGAGGAGAUCAGCCUUGGACCUGCAUGUUGGCUCUGGGACUAUUUAAGGCGUAGCAAACAGGCAGGAUUUCUCCUACCUCUGAGUGGUGGAAUUGACAGCUCUGCUACAGCUUGCAUCGUGUAUUCCAUGUGUCACCAGGUUUGCCUGGCAGUCAAGAAUGGCAAUGCAGAUGUGCUGGCUGAUGCACGCAGGAUUGUGAAUGAUGAGACCUACAUCCCUCAGGAUCCUCGGGAAUUGUGCAAGCGUGUCUUCACCACGUGCUACAUGGCUAGUGAGAACUCCUCCCAGGAUACCUGCAACAGGGCUAAACUGCUGGCUGAGCAAAUAGGCAGCUACCACAUUAACCUGAACAUUGAUGCAGCUGUGAAAGCUGUUGUGGGGAUCUUCAGUGUGGUGACAGGUCGAACUCCCCGUUUUUCUGUCUAUGGAGGGAGCAGCAGAGAGAGCCUGGCACUCCAGAAUGUGCAGGCUAGAAUAAGAAUGGUCAUCGCCUACCUCUUUGCUCAGCUGACACUGUGGGCUCGUGGAAUGCCAGGGGGACUGCUGGUGCUGGGAUCAGCCAAUGUGGAUGAAAGUCUCCGUGGUUACUUGACCAAGUACGACUGCUCCAGUGCUGAUAUCAACCCCAUCGGUGGCAUCAGCAAGACUGAUUUGAAGAACUUCAUUCAGUAUUGCAUUGAAAACUUCCAGCUCACAGCCCUCAGAAGUAUCAUGUCAGCUCCACCCACUGCGGAGUUGGAGCCCCUGGUGGAUGGACAGGUGGCUCAAACUGAUGAGGCGGAUAUGGGGAUGACAUAUGCAGAGCUCUCAGUCUAUGGGAAAUUAAGGAAAAUUGCAAAGGCUGGACCAUACAGUAUGUUCUGUAAGCUGAUUACUAUGUGGAAGGAAAUUUGUACUCCAAGAGAGGUGGCAUCCAAGGUUAAGCAUUUCUUCAGGAUGUAUUCAGUCAACAGGCACAAAAUGACCACCCUCACCCCUUCCUACCACGCUGAAAACUACAGUCCAGACGACAACCGAUUUGACCUGAGGCCUUUCCUCUACAACACCUCAUGGUCCUGGCAGUUCAGGUGUAUAGAUAAACAGUUCAGGACCUGUCUGAAGGGAUCUGCUUAAUUGCAGAAUUAAGACUUGACCUACAUCAGCAUGGGGAAAGCCACUGUAAGAGGCAGCAAUUCACUGUGAGUGCUUCUCCCACCUCCUUCUGCAACAAUUCCUUUUUUGAAUCUCAAGGUGGUUGACUCACAAAUACAUGUUUGCUCAAACACAGCAGCAGUAAUGGUACCGUGCUCAGUUUGAGCACUGUGAGGUGGGGAGGGGCUCAGGCAAUUAUUGGAACCAUGCUUAACUUUUUGUAGUUUUUAGUCACCCCUUCAAACUUAUUUUAAUGCCUCUUUUAUGGCAGAAGUGCUGGGUGAAGAAUUUUAGCACCUUGAAGUUUUUUUCUGCCAGAGAUUUUACACCCCGGUUGCUUUUAAGAAUAUGUUUAUACAUGUAAUAAAAUAUUAAUUCCUUCAUCUGAGAAAUGCCAGACAUGUUGUAAUAGUGUUUUACUACCUUGAAACCUGGGAUAAAAGCUACCAUGUGCAGUACUUUAUUGUAAAGUAUGAAUGGUGGGAGAUUUUUUUACAUCAUAUUGGACUUUUUCCCACUGAAGUCCAGGACAAAAGUUCUUUUGGCCUCUGUGGGAGUCAGGCAAAAUGUUUUUGUAGGGUCUGGACCAAAAUGUAAUUAUAUUAUGCUUACAGUAAAUUUGAUUAAGGUCUUUUAAUGAUGCAGGGUAUUGUUACACUCUUUAACUAGAUUAGUAUGUAAUAGCAGUUGUGCUAUGCAAGGGUAGUGGCCAUUGCAACUUAUUCCUGAAAACUGGGAGACAAGUCUGGGGAAGAUUUUAUUGUGUAGGCAACAGUAACCUGAACUGAUAACUCCUGCAGCUCUUUGCAAGACUGGAAAAUAAUAACUUGCAAUGGUUUGAGUCAAAUCUGCCCUAUUCAAGAAAUGGAAUAUGGUAAGAGCUGCCUCUGAUCGUAGGUGUUCAGCACAAUUGUAAUUCUGAAGAGAAUCACUCUCUUGGACAGUGUCUCACUCAUCAUUCUGCUCCUGGGACUCAAUCUGCACUUAAGAUUUUUCUGGCAUAGUAACAGGACUGUGGAAAUACAGCAUAAAAUUGACAUAAAACCCACCUUUAGUUAGGUAAUGCCAGGUUUUCCUGUGGGAGAGUCAUGUUACAGCUUGAGCUCAUUUGUAAAUGGAAACAAUUUGGAGUGCUAAUGAUAGAGAAAUCUGUUGGAUUUGUAGAAAGUACUUUUCUGCUUUGGAUGUCUGUAGUGUAGUCAAGCCAGUUUAGUUAUCCACUCACUUUUAGUGCAAAAUUCCCUUUGUAUUUGCUGCAGAAGGAACAGGGGUAAAAGGAAGUUGAGAUCAUAGCAUUUACUGGGAAUUGCCAGAUUUGUUCUUGGAGUCUUAAUGUCAUUCAGCUCUGCCUGGCUGAGGGGGCUUAGAGCAACCCUAGGAACUCCAGCAGCACUGUCUGUAGCUUCUGCCUUGGAGUUGUGUCUGAAGUGAAGGAUUUGUGGUUAGAGCAUGCACUUCCAGGUGCCAAAACGUUCACUGGGAUUUUUAUAGCUGGCAUAAUUUGAAGGAACUGUGAUGCAGCUCAAAAGAAAGUUGGCACAUCUACCCAAAGGAUGAGUUAUCUGCAGGCUGUCUUCUGCUCCUUCCAGUGUCACACCACAAGAUUAGCUGCAUUUGGACAAACCAAAAGAUUUAUCCACUUCAUAAAAACCUGAUCUUUGUGUGUCACUUUUACAACCAGUAGCAGAUGCUGAUGGAAGCAUAAGCUUAUUUUUGCUAUUGAAUUUGUUUCCUUUUUAC